CUACGGCCGAGGCAAGUCCAGGUGGAGCAGUGCACAGACCAGACGCGCUGCACUCGUGUCAUCAGGGGACAUACAUGCGCUGGAUUUUACUUUGAACAUCUAAAGGAUUACGCUGUGUUCAGGACUUAACUGCAUCAACAUGAGAGCUCCACUGUCUGCCAUCUGUUUUGCCCUGCUCCUGUCCUGCGCCUGCCGGGCCAAACCAAAUGGAUCAAAGAGCAAGAAGCCAAAGCAAGUGGUGCCAGCGAUUGAGUGCGACGUCAGAGCAGGAAAAAUCAACCUCCCAGAGUUUAUAGUGAAGUGUCCGGCUCACUGCAAAGAGACCAAGCAGCAGGUCUAUGGGACAGGGGUGUUCGCGUCCAUCUCCAGUAUCUGCAAUGCCGCUAUUCACAGUGGAGUCAUCACAAACACAGGAGGAAAGGUGAUAGUGAAGAAAAUGGCAGGACAGAACAUAUACAAAGGCUCCAACUCAAACGGAGUGAGGUCCCUGUCUCUGCCCAAGUGGAGAGAGUCCUUUGCGGUUUAUGUUGGAAAACCCAAGAAAGGGGUGAUAUAUCCAUCUACACUGGACUAUGUGCCUUCAAGACCCACUUACGUGAAACCAAGUCAAAAAGAGGCCAAAUCCCAAAUAGUUUCUACCCCUCCUCCCCCCACCACACCGGAGCCCACCACAACUACCACACCGGAGCCGACGACCACCCAAACCACCACAGAGGCCCCGACAACCACCACUGCUCCUCCCACUACAACCACAACCAAGGCCCGGGCUGCUGUGCAUAAAGUCAGGGACGCAGGCAGCAGUCACCCGUACCUAGCCUCUGUGGCAGCAGCGAGUACAAGACAGUCCCAGAGCGGAGCAGGGAAGAGUCCUCUUCAAGUCUUCAGAGGAGGAGCCUAUCCCAGCCGCUUCCCUCAGAGAAUCAGUGCAGGCCUCCGUAGACAAGAGACCUCAGCGACCAUCAGAAGACAGCCCUCCGCUCCAGUUGGGCCAGCUUUAAAUAGAGUCCAGCCCCCUGCAUCUGACCGAAGCCAAGCAACAGUCCAGUCGAACUCUAACCCCACUUUUCCCAGAAGGGAUUGGGCGCCCCCCUCCUACCCGCGGCCUGAUUGGUUUCCUGGAGCCAGGCGUCCCGCAGAUGUAAGUUAUGCCGUCCCAGACUCAGGAUACUCAUGGACUGAGACCUCCGACACAGCGGACGUCCCAGCUCGGGAUCAAAGGCCUGAUUUCUCUGACUUUGAGCGCUGGUAUUAUAACUUUGGACCGUACCUGUCCAGAUCGUUUGAUGCAGAUGGAAAUCGCAAAGUGUCACUGGAUUCAACCCACACAAGAGUGGAGCCAGUGGACGCUUGGAAGCCAGACAUUAACAUUUAUGAAUCAGGUUUCAAUUUGAGAGAGCCAGAGCCUAUUCCCAGAAUCCCUGAACCAGUAUCCCAAGGAGAUCCAAACUGUAAGGUGGACCUGGUCUUCUUGAUGGACGGCAGCUGGAGCAUCGGGAAGCGCAGGUUCAAGAUCCAAAAGGACUUUUUGUCUGAAGUGGCACAGACCAUAAAUGUGGGUGUGGCUGGACCCAUGAUGGGUGUUAUCCAGUACGGAGAUGACCCAGUGACAGAGAUAAGCCUCAAGUCCUAUUCAAGCUCCAGAGACGUGAAGUCGGCUGUGGAAAAGAUUGCCCAAAAGGGAGGGCAGUCUAACGUGGGGAAGGCCCUCUCCUACAUCAAUAAGCUGUACUUCAGUGACGCCAAUGGGAACAGAGGGGGCGCUCCAAACGUGGCGGUGGUCCUGGUGGAUGGAUGGCCCACGGAUAAAGUGGAGGAAGCGUCCAGACUUGCGCGAGAAUCAGGGAUAAACAUCUUCUUUGUGACGAUCGAGGGCCCAGACGAGAACGAGAAACACAACCUGGUGGAGGCCAACUUUGUGGACAAGGCCGUGUGUCGCACCAAUGGCUUCUUCUCUCUGCCCGUGUCCAGUUGGUUCGGCCUGAGGAAAGCCGUGCAGCCUUUAGUGAAGAGGGUCUGUGACACGGACCGCCUCGUCUGCAGUAAGACCUGCCUCAACGCCAACGACAUCGCCUUCGUUAUUGACGGCUCCAGCAGCGUCGGCACUGGAAACUUCCGCACCGUGUUGCAGUUUGUCGCCAACGUGACCCGAGAGUUUGAGAUCUCAGACACAGACACGAGAGUGGGAGCGGUGCAGUACACAUAUGAACAAAGGCUGGAGUUUGCAUUUGGACAGUACAAUAAUAAAGUCGAGCUGCUCAACGCCAUCAAGCGCAUCAACUACUGGAGCGGGGGGACGAGUACAGGAGCAGCCAUCACCUACGCCGCAGAACAGCUCUUCAGUAAAUCCAAACCAAACAAACGUAAAAUCAUGAUCGUGAUCACAGAUGGGAGGUCCUAUGAUGACGUCAGGGCACCUUCUCUGGCCGUGCAUCGCCAAGGUGUGAUUGCAUACUCCAUUGGCAUCGCAUGGGCGGCCCAAGAUGAGUUAGAAUACAUCGCCACAGACCCCGAUAAAGAGCACUCCUUUUUCGUGGACGAGUUUGAUAAUCUGUACAAAUAUGUGCCCAAAAUCAUCCAGAACAUCUGCCAGGAGUUCAACUCUCAGCCCAGAAACUGAAGAGGGGCGAUUGUAGAGACUGUGCAGAGACAAAGGGGCGCGUGGGACGUCCUGGACACUGUUAAUGGACUCACUUUGAUGCCCACCAGGAGGCGCUGGGUUGGCUACAGUGAGAGUAUAAAUAAUAUGUACCCUCUACAUAAACAUUCCCAUACCGCUUCAUUGGAAUGGGUCUGGAAUCCCUUAACUUGUUGAAUUGAGAGUCAUUUUCAAUCAGGACAAACAAUCUUGAAACAAGCCUUAUAUUGUCCAUAGAGAUUCUCAGCCAUGCCACUCACCAUAAUGAAUAGUAGGGCAAAGUUAUUUGGUUUUCACCUACAGAAUUCGGCUCAACAUUUUGUUAUAUUCAAAAGACCUAUGUCCAUUUGCCUGUCUUGUGUUGUGUUGGCUAAAAAAAGUUACACCAAGUAAUUUAUUUAAAUCUCCAGCAAAGGUGUCACUAGUAUUUCAUUUUGGCUGCUUAAUAUUGACAAGGCAAGAGAGAGAAUUAUAAUUUGAAUAUAAAAUGUGUCCCAAAAAUACAUUUUAAUAACAAAGGUCAAAACACAGCAGACCAGUUGCACUUCCUCUAAUGCCUUCAGUUUUACAAAGGUGCUUACAUUUGUGUAGAUCUGUGUGUUUUGGUCUUCCUAAUGGGAGAGAGAUGGUACAUACUGAGGACAUUAAGUUCCUUUGAAACUUUCUUGGUGCUUUUAUGGCUAUGAAUGGUUUGUCAAAAAUGUAUUAGGAUGUAUACUUGUCUAAUUUUUCCACAAUGCAAUUUGCUUCCAACUCUGCAGCUUUUUCCUGUUGAAAAUAUAUUUAUAAUUUCAUCGUUUGUAAAUGUACAUAUUAAAAUCUUUUCGCUAAUUUUCAAAUAUUAAUUAAUAUUUUGUGAUAUUUUUAAUAAAAUUCUGAAAAUAUUUA